GUUAAUUAUAAAUUGUGGUGAGAGAGGUAAGGUGGACGAGACGUGUCACCAUAACACAUUGUGUCAGUGUCUCCAUAAUAUGAUGAAUUUGAGGCACCUGCUGGCCCUCCUAGGCCUACUGUCCCUCCUGGCCACCGCCAGGGCCUACUUCGUCACUAUAGACGCCCACGCUGAGGAAUGUUUCUUCGAGAAAGUCACCGCCGGGACUAAAUUGGGCUUGGCUUUUGAGGUAGCUGAAGGUGGCUUUCUUGACAUAGACAUAAAGAUAUUUAGUCCCGAUGGAAAGAUUGUCCACGAGGGUGAACGGGAGUCCAACGGUCGCUACACGUUCCCCGCCAGUAUGGAUGGUGUUUACACUUACUGCUUUUCCAAUAAAAUGUCCACCAUGACCACCAAGAUUGUGAUGUUUUCCAUGGAAAUUGGGGACGAGUCCAAAGCUGAUAAAGAUGCAGCGAAUACUGAGGGGUGGUACGCGCAGAAUCUGCCUCAUCCAGAAUGGGAUAUGCAGAAUUUCUCCCAGCCAGAUGAAUCCAUGCCACUUCCUACAGCAGGAUGGCCUACACAGUAUCCCAUUCAUACAGGAGAAGGAAGUAGCAACAAAAUAGAAGACAUGAUUCGUGAGUUGUCGGCAGCAUUGUCUGGCGUCAAGCAUGAACAGGAUUACAUGGAAGUGCGUGAACGUAUUCAUCGCUCCAUCAACGACAAUACUAAUUCAAGAGUGGUUUUGUGGUCCGUGUUUGAGGCCCUGGUACUAGUAGCCAUGACCAUUGGUCAAGUGUAUUAUCUCAAACAGUUUUUUGAAGUACGAAGGGUAGUUUAGCUAAGACCACCUUUCUUCACCCCCUUCCUUUUUAGAGAAUAGGAUCUCCAUAAAUUGUAAGAUAAGGAAUGUUCAUUUUUAACAUGUUAAGUAAUGAAUAUAUAAUUUAACAUUCAAUUUCUUAUGAAAUAAAUUUGUAAAGUUGAGUAUUUCACCAUUUUGAUACUAAACACGAUUUGGCAACAAAUGCUGCCAACCUAACCACAAGGUUUUAGUAUGUUCAGUAUGCUUCCAGCUUUUUUUUUUUUAUUAUGUUUAAGAAAAAUAGAAAAAAUUGUUUUUGGAUUUUAUUUAGUGGUAGCAAAUAAAAAAAAAAAUUAUUGGCACACUUCAUUGAAUAUGACUUGCUUUAGUGUUGAUAACAGACCGGGCCGCGGGGGCGUUGACCCCCAAAACUCUCUCCAGGUAAAAGUUUUAAUUUCUGAUGCUAUCCAAGUUUUGAAUACAGCUUCUAAAUUGCUAAUUAGGCAGAGAAUUCUACUUUACCUAAAUGGUUUUUCUCAGAAUGUUGUUCCCUAAUGUUUUUAUAUUUGUAAUGGAGGAUUUCUGUGCUUGUAAAUUUUUUAAACUGACAUGGAUGUAAAUUUUGUGUGUUUCAUUUGAAGCUUAAUAAAAGUUUAUAUGAUA